CGUGUGGUGAGAAUUAUUGGUAUUAAUUCGACGGUGAUACAUCGAUACUGUUUGUGAUUUCGCCUGCAUUUUGCAGGUUGGAGUGAGUUUGUGUAUUCGGUUUAACCACGCCCUAUAAAAUAGGUCUUUCCGAUACGGCUGUAAUGGACAUGAUGAUUGCCAAUUUGCAGCAUCAAAGACAAAUCACCGAACAACUGCGAAGGGAAGCAGCAAUUAAACGUAUUACUGUUUCCCAGGCUGUGCAGGACAUAAUGAAGUUCAUAUCGGAACAUGAACAAGAGGACUGCCUACUGGUUGGUUUCAGUUCUCAAAAAGCAAAUCCAUUCCGAGAAAAGAGCAGUUGCACAUUAUUAUGAGGUUUGCUAAUGUUCAUCAGGAUGAUACUUCAACUAAUUCAUUGUGUGCUCAUAAGUUUUGUAACUUGAAGUAUGGAACGAUUCCGGGACCAAUUUAGAACAUGAGAAUUUGGAUGUAUCAAUUGUAAAUUUGUCUGUAGUGAUUAGAAAAUCAUGGGGAAACACCAAUAGAAAACUUUUCUGAACAAAUACCAUGUUUUCAUAUUAUCCUAUUUUUUGACGAUUCUAUCGUAUA